AUGCCGGCUCUGCCAGCACUGCUGCUGUCAAUACAUGUCCUUCCCUUCCUGUUAGUCACCAUGCUGCCAAGCUCCCUCACUCAGGCCCCUUUGCUCUCCUCCGUCCGAAUGGCCGCAAUCCUGGAUGACCAGUCUGUGUGUGGGCGUGGGGAGCGGCUGGCGCUGGCCUUGGCCAGGGAGAACAUCAACAGUGUGAUGGAGGGUCCGGCCAGAGCCCGAGUGGAGGUGGACAUAUACGAGCUGCAAAAAGACUCCCAGUACGACACUACUGACACCAUGUGUCAGAUUCUGCCCAAAGGCGUCGUCUCUGUGAUAGGUCCCGCCUCCAGCCCCGCCUCUGGCUCUACUGUCAGUCAUAUAUGUGGGGAAAAGGAGAUCCCUCAUGUCAAGAUUGGUCCGGAGGAAACUCCCCGCUUGCCCUACCUGCGCUUUGCCUCUGUCACUCUGUACCCUAGCAACGAGGACCUGAGCCUGGCCAUAGAAGCCAUCUUGCGCUCGUUCAGUUACCCAUCAGCCAGCCUGGUCUGUGCCAAGGCUGAGUGCCUGCUGAGAUUGGAGGAACUGGUCCGCCGCUUUCUCAUAUCUCGCGAGACGCUGUCAAUCAGAAUGCUGGAUGACAACCUGGACCCGACCCCGCUUCUGAAGGAGAUCCGAGACGACAAAGUGGCCACCAUCAUCAUUGACGCCAACGCUUCUGUGUCCUAUCUCAUCCUCAAGAAGGCGUCUGAGCUGGGGAUGACAUCAGCGUUUUACAAGUACAUACUCACCACAAUGGACUUCCCACUCCUGAGACUGGAUGGUAUAGUGGACGAUCAGUCAAACAUUGUGGGUUUCUCCAUGUUUAACACCACCCAUCCCUUCUAUUUGGAGUUCAUCAGGAGCCUGAACCUCUCUUGGAGGGAGGGAUGUGACCUAACGUACCCCGGCCCUGCGCUCUCGUCAGCACUGAUGUUUGAUGCGGUGCAUGUGGGUGGGGCGGUAAGGGAAUUGAACCGCAGUCAGGAGAUUGGAGUGAAGCCACUCAGCUGCUCUUCACAGAUCUGGCAACAUGGGACCAGUCUUAUGAACUACCUGCGCAUGGUGGAGUACGAUGGUCUGACAGGGCGUGUGGAGUUCAACAGCAAAGGUCAGAGGACCAACUAUACCCUGCGGAUUCUGGAGAAACACCGAGGAGGCCACAAAGAGAUCGGGGUCUGGUACUCCAACAACACUCUGGCAAUGAACUCCACCAGUCUAGAUAUCAAUGUCUCAGAGACGCUGGCAAACAAGACACUCACUGUCACCACCAUACUGGAAAACCCAUAUGUGAUGCGCAGAGACAACUACCAGGACUUCCAGGGCAACGACCAGUACGAGGGCUUCUGUGUCGACAUGCUAAAGGAGCUGGCAGACAUCUUAAAAUUCUCCUUCAAGAUCAAGCUAGUGGAUGAUGGCCAGUAUGGGGCUCCAGAGCCCAAUGGCUCUUGGACCGGCAUGGUGGGAGAGCUAAUCAACCGGAAAGCAGACCUGGCCGUAGCAGGCUUCACCAUCACGUCAGAGAGAGAGAAAGUUAUCGACUUCUCUAAGCCGUUCAUGACCCUGGGGAUCAGCAUCUUGUACAGAGUUCAGCUGGGUCGGAAGCCGGGUUACUUCUCCUUCCUUGAUCCCUUCUCUCCGGCCGUCUGGCUCUUCAUGCUGCUCGCCUACCUGGCUGUCAGCUGUGUGCUCUUCCUGGCUGCAAGGCUGAGCCCCUAUGAGUGGUACAACCCUCACCCGUGUCUGCGAGAGCGCAGGGACAUGUUGGAGAACCAGUACACACUAGGAAACAGCCUGUGGUUCCCGAUUGGAGGCUUUAUGCAGCAGGGAUCAGAGAUCAUGCCCAGAGCCUUGUCCACCAGAUGUGUUAGCGGGGUGUGGUGGGCGUUCACCCUGAUCAUCAUCUCCUCCUACACGGCCAACCUGGCCGCCUUCCUGACCGUCCAGAGGAUGGAGGUUCCCAUCGAGUCUCCGGACGACUUGGCCGACCAGACCAACAUCGAGUAUGGCACCAUCCACGGAGGGAGCACCAUGACCUUUUUCAUGAACUCCCGGUACCAGACCUACCAGCGGAUGUGGAACUACAUGAACUCCAAGCAGCCCAGUGUAUUUGUGAAAAGCACAGAGGAGGGCAUCGCCCGCGUGGUCAACUCUAAGUACGCCUUCCUGAUGGAGAGCACUAUGAACGAGUACUACCGCGGCCUCAACUGUAACCUCACAAAGAUAGGAGGCCUACUGGACACCAAGGGUUACGGCAUCGGCAUGCCACUGGGGUCUCCGUUCAGAGAUGAGAUCACGCUGGCCAUCCUCCAGCUGCAGGAGAAUAACAGGCUGGAGAUACUGAAGAGGCGGUGGUGGGAGGGAGGCCAAUGCCCCAAAGAGGAGGACCACCGUGCCAAGGGUCUGGGUAUGGAGAACAUUGGGGGCAUCUUUGUGGUGCUGAUCUGUGGUCUCAUCAUUGCCGUGUUUGUGGCCAUUAUGGAGUUUGUGUGGUCCACACGCCACUCUGCAGAGACCGAUGAGGUAUGCCCCCAUACCUGCCCACGCCGACCCCACAGACACACCCCAGUGUCUGUUUGUCAGGAGAUGAUCACAGAGUUUAGAAGCGCCGUCUCCUGUAAGAAGAGCUCUCGUAUGCGCCGCCGUCGGCCCCUCAGCAGCUCAGCAGCCCUCCGGCAUCCCACUCGCAUUGCUCUGGGGGCCCCUCGACCUCUGCGCCUGGUCCGGGAGAUGCGCCUUAGCAACGGCAAGCUCUACAGUGGCUCCGGCCAGCUGACAGGUGGAGCUGGAGGAGGUGGAGCAGGGGGGACUGGGCCUCCCGACCUAGGCCCAGGGCCCCAGCGGAUCCUAGAUGAUCCACUGGGGGCCAACACGACCCCUCCUCCACCAGCACCUACCCCUGUGAUGCUGUCCGCCCGCAGUUGCACCCACGUGCGGAUCUGCCAGGAGUGCCGGAGGAUCCAGAGCGUGAGAUCGGGCAGCACCAUAGGAUCAACCACAACAAGAAUAUCACCUUCAUCAGCACCCCUGCCCAGGCUACCCCCACCCCCACCCCCAUCCUCAUCCAACACAGACAGUGAGGGCGGAGGGGGGCCCAGCCCAAGGCAGCUACACCACAGCCCACCACCUCAUAGCUCUCGACCCAUUCCCUCUCCACAGAACAGCAAAACCACAGACCUACUGGGUGAACAGGACUGA